AUGCUCUUUGAGGAUGUCUUAGGCAGAACGCAUCGGUUACCUUAUGAGUACUUCAGACAUUGGGAUAUCUUCAAAGCCAACUUGAGGGAGAUAUUUCAGCACCACAUCGGGUGGAGCCUGAUCGAGCAGAAUCAGUUCCAUGUUAUUGACGCCAACUGGGUCAAAUAA